AUGGGAGUCCCGGGAGAAAGAGCCCCACCGGCGGCGUGUCCCGACGGGAAUACGGCUCCGCGCGUCGCCCCGGCCGCGUGUCCGGCGGCCGCGGGGACGCUCCGCGCCGCGCCCCGCGCGCAGAUAACCGCGCGGGCACCUGCGCGCCCCGCGCCCAUUGGGCGGCCGCCGCCCCGCGCCGCCAACACCGCCCAAUCGGCGGGCGGCGCGCGCCUCCACCCCGAUACGUCACGGCCGGACCGAGCCGUGGGAGCGCGCGGGGCUGCACGUGGCCGCGCCGCGCCCGACGGGACCCCCGGCCCCACCGCGGGGUCCGACCGGCCAGCCCGGCCCCACCGCCGGGUCCGCCAGUCCGCCCGGCCCCACCGCGGGGUCCGACCGGCCAGCCCGGCCCCACCGCCGGGUCCGCCAGUCCGCCCGGCCCCACCGCGGGGUCCGACCGGCCAGCCCGGCCCCACCGCCGGGUCCGCCAGUCCGCCCGGCCCCACCGCGGGGUCCGACCGGCCAGCCCGGCCCCACCGCCGGGUCCGCCAGUCCGCCCGGCCCCACCGCGGGGUCCGACCGGCCAGCCCGGCCCCACCGCCGGGUCCGCCAGUCCGCCCGGCCCCACCGCGGGGUCCGACCGGCCCCACCGCGGGGUCCGACCGGCCCCACCGCGGGGUCCGCCAGCCCGCCCGGCCCCGCCCCGCCGGCCGCUCUACCCCCGCCGGCCGCCAGUGGCUACAUCCGGAGGCGGCGGUGCCCCCCCACUCGCCGCGUCGGGCCCCUCCCGCCGGCGCCUCAUCGAACAGCCAGGCAAUGAGCGCCGGGCCCCGGCGGCCGUUCUGCCCCGGAGCAUUGAGGGGUAAUGCCCUCCCCGAUCGCUAUUCUGUUGGCAGCGGACGGAACAGUCACGGGCUUUGUAAGGAGAGCCUCAUCAGCUCUGUGCAGGCUCGUUUCCGCGACGCCUGCGUGGCCGCAGACGGGGCUGAUCGGCUCUUCCGGAGAGUCGUGGCUUCCGCCAGAGAUCGGGGACCACCCGUCCCGGGCAGGCAGGUGCCGGCGCGCAGUCAGCCCGCGGCUCGGUCUCUGCCACCUCGUGCCUCUCCGGGGCGUAGACCGCCGGGUUUGCUCGCGUCCCGCCCGUCUGCCUGCCCCAGUGCGGUGCUAGGGGCCAGCAGCGCCUCUGCCCGCCGAGCCCGCAGAUCUCGCGACUCUGAAUGCCGACCCCGCGGCGCUGAGCGGCUGACGAGAGGAACACCUCCCGCUCCGCCCGGCCGGGGCCGGGUGCUGAUCCAGACACGGGCAGCCGGCAGCCGCUCACCGAGGAGCGGCCCCGCCGAGACGCCGCUUUCUUGCGCGGGACCGAUGGAACAAGGCAUUGUAGCUCUCUGGUCUCUUGCUCUGCUGGCUUUUGAGCGGUACGUUGUGAUCUGCCGCCCGCUGAGAAAUGCACGCUUGAGGGGGAAGCAUGCAGCUCUAGGUAUUGUCUUUGUCUGGAGUUUUUCCUUCAUUUGGACCAUUCUACCAACAACUGGUUGGAGCAGUUACACCACCAGUAAGAUCGGGACUACUUGUGAGCCUAACUGGUACUCAGGAGCUUAUGCUGACCGUACAUACAUUAUUACCUUCUUCACCACCUGUUUUAUAGUACCCUUAUUGGUUAUUUUGGUAUCCUAUGGAAAACUGGUGCGGAAGUUAAAAAAGGUGUCAGAUGCACAAGGCAGGCUGGGAACUACCAGGAGACCUGAAAGACAAGUGACUAGAAUGGUUGUUUUUAUGAUCGUUGCCUUUCUAAUCUGCUGGAUGCCAUACGCUACCUUUUCUAUCCUAGUCACUGCAUAUCCCUCCAUUGAGCUGGAUCCUUGUCUGGCAGCAAUUCCGGCCUUCUUUUCCAAAACAGCUACCGUUUAUAAUCCAGUUAUUUAUGUCUUUAUGAACAAACAGUUCAGGCAGUGUCUGAUUCAAAUGUUCAGUUGCAGUGCCAUAGGAACUGCAGAGUCCAACAUGAACCUGACUUCAGAGAGAGCAGCGCUACCGCAGGACAGAAGAGGCAGCGAGAGGGCCCCCAUGGCAGUUCAUAGUACCAUUUCUAAGAGGAAAACUGGAGAUGAACACAGAAGCCGACAACCUUUGGCUCUGUUGACAGCUUCAGAAAACAAAAAGUGUCCCAUGUAGAGCGGGAGAUGGAUCAUUAAUGCAAUGCUACAGUGUAUUUCAUUGUUACGAUCACCUAGGAUAAAGAUUUGUUGUCGCUGGUGUCACUGUGGUCCUGUGGACACCAGCUUUGAGAUCCCAGGCUCCUCAGUGCGGGUAAGAGCUGCUUGGCUCUACGGGUGCAGUCAAACACCCAGCCAUAAGGUGAGUCCCUUCCUCCACUGCAUUUCUCUCAAACACCCAGCCAUAAGGUGAGUCCCUUCCUCCACUGCAUUUCUCUCAAAUACCCAGCCAUAAGGUGAGUCCCUUCCUCCACUGCAUUUCUCUUCCCAAUCCACAAUCAACUUGCAGCAGGUUGUGGCACCACACUACUGUGUGCCUCUCUCCCUCCACUCCUUAAGUGUCUGUUUCUGUUUAAGUCACAUCCUCACUGCUUUAAUUGGGCUGCUGAUUCCAGAAUAAAUUAUUAGCUUGUUACUACACCUCUGUUUUCAGAAGCAAGGACUAUAACACCAAUACUGCUUCUGUAAACAGUGAAAGCUAAUGGAAAUUGCCAGCUUUCUGUGUUGGUAUUCCAGCUCAUAUUUAAUUCACACAAUGAAGUGCAACAAUAUAUUUAGCUUUAGUGGAAUGUCACUUGCACAUGAAAAGCCAAACCAGGUUAUGAGUGUAAUAAAGACAGACUUCUGUUCUACAAAGUGUUUGGGAUCAUUGUAUGAAAUAUUGCCAAGAACUAAGCUUGUGCUAAGGCACAUUGGAAUUUUAAUCCUGUAUAAAAUCCAUCUUUAAUUGAAUGCAUUUUAGGAGAAAAGGCAAUGUAUUUAAAUGCUUUAGGAUAGAAAACCAUUAUUUCUAGAGAAGACAUUAGAACAAUGCCAGCUGGAGCAAAUAAUGUUCCAUAAUGGUAUAGAGAAGCUACACUAGCUCCAUCCUGUACAGGCCUUAGCUAUAGAAAUGUGAUAUGGAAUGAAUCAUACAUGGUUCAGUUUUACUUCCAAAAACUAGAAUUAUUUCA